AUUAAUCAUCUAUUGCUUAUUUGUCUUCAAUAAUUCAUCAAUAUUGUUGUGCUUCGUCGUGCUGCUAGUGUCAGCGUCGCAAGUUCACGUGUAGUGGUGGAUUCAAGAAUGUCUAUCUGCGUCUGCACCAAAAAAGGAAAAGAAAAUCUUGAUAAUAUUUACAAACUAAAAGCCUUAGAUCCAAAAAUACAGAAUCUGAUCAACAUAGCUACAGAAGGAAGGCUCAAUGCCUACUGCCCUUACAGUAAUUUCAAAGUUGGAGCCAGCGUGAUGUGUGAUGAUGGAACGAUAUUCUCAGGCUGCAAUGUAGAGAACAGCGCAUUCACCGUAGGCCUAUGCGCAGAACGAUGCGCCUACGUAAAAGCUAUCAGCGAAGGAAAAAUGAAGUUCAAGGCGGUAUGUGUAGUGGCGCAGCAAGAAAAUUCAUUCACCACUCCAUGUGGAGCUUGUCGACAGUUCAUGAGCGAAUUCGGGAAUGUAGAUGUCUAUAUCACGAAGCCUAGUGGUAGUGAUGUUUUAGUUUUAAGUUUAGAUAAAUUGCUACCAUAUCAGUUUGAGACUGUAGACCAUACUUUUACUUAGAACAUGGGUGGCCAACAUUUUCAGCAGGCGGACAAAACAAUUUUAUUUAUUUUCCAAAGCAAACAAGAACAAGAAGUAACUGUUUUUUUUUUAAGAAGAUAUAACAAAAAUGAGAAUCAAACAUAUUUAUUAGACUUACACAUAAUAAAACAUAAUAAUAAUAAAAAAUAAACGAAAUAUAAUAAAUAGGGAAAA